AGCAAUACUGCAAUACGAGGACACUCCAGAAUUGCCUGGAUUUUUCUAGAAAGCUAAAACAACUAGCAAGAAAACAAUUUAAAAACAAUGCUAAGCUAAUCCUGCAGGACCGUACGCGCGAGGCCGAGGAGCCAUAUUAGAGACACAAAGCUCAAAAACAACACCAUCGACUCUGAGCUCGACACGUUCAGAGACGCUGAAAACGAAAAAGAAAAUCUGCUGAACAGCUCUUCAGACCGACUCACCUAAUUUUGUAGCCAACCUUCAGUGCGACAGACUUUAUAUGAGGAAGAAUGGGCUUAGUUUUAAACUCUCUGUGGGCGGGUAGGUCUACACACGAGCAUAUGUUCACUCUUCCUCACCCCUUCCUUAGCUUGUUCAUCAGGAAGCAGCACACGCUCGCAGAUUCAGCACUAUAUGGCAGAUUAUAUCCAAGUCAUAUUCAGACAAACUUCAUUCAAAAAUCCCUACUGGCUGUGGGGUCGGGAGUCGCUGCUCUGCAAAACCCCUAUCGACAUGACAUGGUGGCGGUGCUGGGGGAGACCACAGGACAUCUUGCUUUGUUAAAACUAAAGCACAGAAUGAGCAACGAUCCUGAAGGUUACACCGUUCUCACAGAGCGUCCGAGGAUACGCUUGUCCACACUGGACCUUUCCUCGAUGUCAACACUUCCGGAUGGCUCCUUAGGAAGGGAAUAUCUACGUUUUCUGGAAGACAAUAAAGUCACACCAGACACACGUGCAGAUGUUAAAUUCAUUGAUGAUGAAGAGCUAGCGUAUGUCAUGCAGCGCUAUAGAGAAGUGCAUGAUUUAGUACAUACAAUACUAGGAAUGCCUACUAACAUGCUUGGAGAAGUAGCUGUUAAAUGGUUUGAAGCUGCUCAGACAGGUCUGCCCAUGUGCAUUAUGGGAGCAGUCCUUGGUCCACUCCGGCUAUCGACACGUCGUAUGCAGAUGCUGGCGACGUCUCUGGGGCCGUGGGCUUUGCGGAGCGGCAGUCGCGCACGCUGCAUGUUGAGUGUUUUCUACGAGCGCCGCUGGGAUCAGAACCUGGAGGAACUCCGAGAGGAGCUGAACAUCGAGCCACCACCUCUCAUCAUGCCUACAAAGAGCAACAAAGCAACAUCAGAAUCCUAGCAGGCUUAGACUUUAAUGAUGGAAUGAUGACUGUUUGAGGAGGGGAUGUCUGUAUAGUGAUCACGGACGUGAAUGCUGUAAUUACGUUAUCUAACUCUGAGAGGGUUUUAUGAUCGUUCGUUCUGGGAAGUGCGAUUAGAGCAAUUGAUUGAUUGCGGUGUCUAUUCUUCUAAUGAUGCAACAAUUUUGUGUACAAAAGGAGAAAUCUAAUUAGGAAUUAACUUCAGGUGACUUGGGUACAAAUGAUUCACCGUACACAUGUCACAGGACAAAACGUUCCAGCGUUGUCCUUUUACAAUUACUUUUUCAGGUCAAAGAGGGAAAAUGAGAACUUGUGGUGAGGUAAGGAGCAUCAUUGUGUAAUUGACUGUACGGUAUAUAAGGUCGAGGAAUGAUUGUGAUGGAGUCCACGUGCUGGAUUGGCUCUACAUCCAGAACAACAACUUUAUCUCAUGUCAGACUCAUCCUGAGCCUUUUUGUUUGAGUUUAAUGGUUCUUUAGGUUUAUAAUUGUCAUAUACAGGACCAGUCAAAAGUUUGGACACACCUACUCAUUCAUAGGUUUUUCUGUAUUUUGACUCUUUUCUACAAGACAUCAAAACUAUGAAAUAACAUAUGGACCAUGUAUGUGUUAUUUACCAGCUGGGAGGUCCAUAUCGUGAAAUACCAUGAC